AUGGCGGUCGUCUGCACGCCCAACUCUCCCCCCGAGUUGUCUGGGUCCAAAUCCUCCAAAUCCUCCUCCUUCCAAUCAUCCUCCCAAUUCUCUGGCCCGGAUGGCCUGUUCACGGACAUUUCCAACUUUGAAGACAUCGGUCUCGAGGACGACGCGGACGUGCCCUUCAUGGACCCCUAUACCACCGCCCUGCCGCGAUCCGCAACGCGCACGAUGCCCGCCGCCAAUCGCGCCAAGAGCACAUCUAUGCUCUCCUGCAGUCGAGAAUUGACUUCGGGGCCGAAGACGAAGAUCGAUUAUCCUCCGCUGCAGGGUCAGGUCAACGGGGCAAUCGCCCAGAAGAACCUGGAAUCCCUCAACGCGUCACGCAAGAGUGGCCGCAGGGAUUUGACCAGUCCCUCCGUCCCUUCGCUCCCGAUCCGAUCCUCAGGACGUCGACGGUCACGCUCUCCGUCUCCCAGCAAUCCGGCAUCGGUAUUGUCUCCAUCCCCGAGUAGCAGUACGCUCGCCCUUUCUCCCCUCUCUGCCCGGAACGGAGGGCGUCGAGGGUCAUGGCAGCCAACUCGCAAGUCCGUCAAAGAGUUGGAAGAGGAGUACCAUGAUUCUGAUGAGGAUCUGCCCGACGACGCCAGCUUGUGGAACGUCCCCAUCUCUCCUCGUCCCUAUGAGGAGCGAGUCGCAUCGCGAAGUGCAAGCCCGGACGCCAGGGGCGGCGCGAUCCCGAGGCCUCUGCCGCUGUCUCAUGCGGUCCCAGAAGCCCCCGUCUCCCCGAGAACUUCUCCUCGAACGUCCCCUUCGCUGCCUCGUUCCAGAUCAAGGGUCUCGAGGUCAACUUCUGCCGGACCGAAAAGUGGCCAGAUCUCGCCCCGCAAUCCACGUACUAAUUCCUAUCAUAUCGUAAUGUCGGAAUUAUCGGAGGAAGCGAGGAUUUUAACGGAAGCCCUCGAGUAUCAUGCCGAUGAUUCCAAGAGACCUUUGGAUGGCAUCCGGAGCGGCAGGUCCUCGCGCAGGACCAGCAUAGACUCGAAACGAGGGUCGAAUGGCAUCGUCGAGCUGCCGCCGCUCCAAAAGUCGAACGUCAUGAUCGACCCCCUGCCCAUCAGCAAGGAGAAAGAGAAGGUUCUGAGCCGGACACGGCCCAGUUGGCUUCCCCCGAAGGAUCAGAAGGAGGAAAAGAAGCAUUUGAGGGAGUACAAGAGGAUGAUGGCCCAGUCCCGAGAAGCUGACAAGCGACGGGCCGCUAAAACCGCGUCGGCACAGUGCGAGAAAGACAAUACGCGACAGACGCUCCAGCGAAUCUGGGACGACUACGUCUGUCCAGAUUGGGACCGCGUGGUGUCAGAGCAUCGUACGCGCGAGUUAUGGUGGCGCGGGGUCACGCCUCGUUCGCGAGGUGCGGUGUGGCAGCGAGCCAUUGGCAAUGAACUCGCUCUGACCGAGGAGACCUACAAGAAGGCGCUGAUGAGGGCCAAGGAAGUGCGGUCCAAGUCGAAUGACGACGCGGGAGAAAGCAAUCGGAGGAUGCGGGAAUGGUUUUCUGCUAUCAGAAACGAUGUCUCCCACGCCUUUCCCGACUUGAACCUCUUCCAGGAAGGGGGUCCGUUACGCGAGACCUUGAUUGAUGUCUUGGAAGCGUAUUCUAUGUACCGAAGUGAUGUGGGAUACAUCUACGGUCUUCAUUCCAUUGCUGCCUUACUCGUCCUCCAGAUGCCCACUCCAGCGACAGCGUUCUUAGUCAUGGCCAAUGCGCUGAAUCGACCGCUGCCGCUCGCAUUUUUAACUUCGGAUCCAGGUGCCAAGGGCCGAACCUAUUCCCUCGCCUCCGCAGCCCUUCGCUACAAGUUCCCGCGUCUAUCUACUCAUCUUUGCGAAAAUAUGAACCUGUCCGACGAGGACAUCUGGGAGCCUAUGUUCCGCUCUCUUUUCACCAAUGGCCUGGACCUCGAGCGUGUGAGCCGUGUCUGGGAUUGCUGGGUGUUUGAAGGCGAUCGCGUUAUGAUCCGCGCUGCAGUUGCAAUCCUUGGUUGCCUGCAGGUGCAGUUGUUCGGCUUCGGGCCUGACGAAGCCGGCCAUGCGGCCGUCAGAGACAUUCUUGGAUGGGGUCCCCAUGAUCUCGGUACCAAAACCCAAGGCGCUCAGAACUCUCCUGUCCCCACCGGGUUUGGUGGUGGACAUAUCCCCAAUGCGGGCGUUGGUAAAUACUGGCUUUUGGACUCGGCUGGUGAUGAGGACGGUUUCAUGAUUCAGGUCAGGGAAGCUGGGAAGACACAGCAAUGA